GACCUAAACUCUAUCUUUCCUUCUUCUUCUUCUCUAUUGUCACACCACCCCCAAAAAAUUUCAGAGCUAGGGUUUGUCCUAAACCCCUCUCUACUCUUUCUAGGGUUUUGAGGGUCCUGAUCUUCCCAACUCCUCCUCCGACCCGUUUUCCCCCAAAUGGGUCUCCGAUCUUCUCCCUCUCCGGCCAUCAAUCCCCUCUCUUUUUCACCACCCACUUCGCCGCUGCUCCUUCUCAACCUCCUUUUACUCUUCCUCGCCUCCCAAAACGGCGUCGCUUGGGCGGACACCGACGCAUCGGCGCUGCUUCAGCUCAAAAACUCGGUCUUGGACUCGGCGGGGUUGCUGUCGAGCUGGGGCGCGUCCAAUUCCACCGCAGCUCACUGCGCGUGGGCCGGCGUCUCCUGCGGCGCCGAUUCCCGCGUCGUGGCUCUCAACAUUACCGGAGGUACGUGCGUUGAUUACGGCCAGUUUCCGUUUUACGGGCUCGGGAUUAGGCGCCGGAGCUGUGUCGGCGGCGGCGGAGGGAGGCUGGUCGGGAAGCUCCCUUCUGUGAUUGGUAAUCUCACUGAGCUCAAGGUCUUGUCUUUACCGUUUAACGGCUUCGCCGGUGCGGUCCCUUUUGAAAUUUGGGGGUUGGAGAAGCUGGAGGUGCUUGAUCUCGAAGGGAACUCGAUUUCCGGGUCUUUGCCGGGUCGGGUGAACCCGAAUUUGCGGGUUUUGAAUCUUGGGUUUAAUAAGAUUCAGGGUGAGAUACCGAUCUUUAACGCAGUGAGUUUAGAGAUCUUGAAUUUAGCUGGGAAUAGAGUUAAUGGGAGUGUUCCCGGGUUUGUCGGAAAGUUGAAGGGAGUAUACUUGUCGUUUAACUGGCUCAGUGGGUAUGUACCUAGUGAGAUUGGAGAGAAUUGCGGGAGGCUUGAGCAUCUUGACUUGUCGGGGAACUUCUUGGUGAGUACGAUUCCGACUAGUUUGGGGAAUUGUAGUAAGCUGAGGACAUUGUUGUUGUAUUCGAACAUGUUGGAGGAAGGGGUUCCGGCGGAGCUGGGGCGGCUUCAGGAGCUGGAAGUGUUGGAUGUGUCUAGGAAUAGCUUGAGUGGUUCGUUGCCGAGGGAGAUUGGGAACUGUUCUAUGCUGUCUGUCCUUGUGCUGUCGUCGCUGUAUAAUGCACUUCCUCUUGUGAGGGGGAAUGAUACGGAUGACUCAUUGUUGGAGCAGUUGAGUUCUAUGAAUGAUGAUUUCAAUUACUUUCUAGGGGCGUUGCCGAGGGAGAUUACGAGGCUUCCGAAGCUGAAGAUCUUGUGGGCGCCAAGGGCGAGUAUUGAUGGCAGCUUUCCGAGUGAUUGGGGUGCUUGUGAGAACUUGGAAAUGGUCAAUUUGGCUCAGAAUUUCUUGAAUGGGGAAAUCUCCAGUGGGCUUAGCCGCUGCCAGAAGCUUCAUUUUCUCGACGUAAGCUCUAUGAAGCUUACUGGGGAGCUUGUUCAGGUUGUUCAGAUUCCAUGUAUGACUAUGCUUGAUGUCAGUGGAAAUUUCUUGUCUGGUUCAAUGCCUGAAUAUGCCAACAGCACAUGUCGUCCUUUUUCCUCGGUGGAGUUUUCUAUCAAAGAUGACGACUUUACUGCUCCCUAUAGAGCAUUUUUCGAAUCGAAAGCUCAAGCUGGAAUGCCAUUGCUGUGGCACAAAGAGAACGAUGAUGUUGUAGUUAUUCACAACUUCCGGCACAAUAAUUUUACCGGCACUCUGCCGUCACUGCCCAUUGCACCUGAGAGGUUUCAGAAAAAAAUUCUCUAUGCAUUCCUUGCUGGAGAGAACAAGCUUACUGGAGCAUUACCAGGUAAUUUGUUUGGGAAGUGUCAGGGAUUAGAUUCACUGGUUGUUAAUGUGAGCAACAACAGGUUAGAUGGGAAGAUUCCAACUGAAUUUGGUAAAAUGUGCAAAUCUCUCAAGUUUUUAGAUGCAUCUGUUAAUCAGAUUAUGGGUUCCAUUCCCCCUAGUUUUGGAGAGUUGGUGUCUCUUGGUGGCCUUAACUUGAGUUCAAACAUGUUGGAAGGUCCAAUUCCGACCAAUAUUGGCCAGAUUAGGGAUCUGCAGCACCUUUCUUUGUCCGGUAAUAACAUUACAGGUGAUAUUCCUGCUAGUUUGGGGCAGCUUUACUCCUUGCAUGUGCUUGAGCUAUCUCGGAACAACCUCGCUGGCGAGAUACCAAAAGAUCUUGUGAACUUGCGAAGCUUGAGAGUUCUUCUGCUGGACUACAAUAAACUCUCUGGCCAGAUUCCUUCUGGUUUGGCUAAUGUGACCACGCUCUCAGCCUUCAAUGUGUCGUACAAUAACUUGUCUGGUUCACUGCCUUUGAACAAUAACCUGAUGAAUUGCAAUACUGCUAUUGGAAACCGCUAUUUGAGUUCAUGUCCCACACUUUCUCAAGAACAUCCAGCUUUUUCUCAAGGAAGAGUUGGCGAUUCAGAACCUUAUGCUUCACCAUUGGUUAGUACUGAGAAGACUGGCAGUAGCAGUUUCAAUUCAAUUGAAAUAGCAUCUAUUACAUCGGCAUCGGCCAUUGUUUUAGUGCUUCUAGCUCUUGUUGUUCUGUUUUUGUAUACACGGAGGUGGAAUCGGAAGUCUGGAGGUAUAGGCCCUACGAGAAAGGAAGUUACAGUUUUCACAAACUUUGGCGUUCCACUGACCUUUGAGAGUGUUGUCCGGGCCACGGGGAGCUUCAAUGCUAGCAACUGUAUUGGGAAUGGAGGUUUUGGAGCAACUUAUAAGGCAGAGGUAGCACCUGGAAUUCUAGUGGCGAUAAAACGGCUUGCAGUUGGAAGGUUCCAAGGUGUGCAACAGUUUCAUGCAGAAAUCAAGACUCUGGGAAGGCUUAGACAUCCAAAUCUGGUCACUUUACUAGGUUAUCAUGCCAGUGAAACAGAGAUGUUCCUUAUAUAUAACUAUUUUCCUGGUGGUAAUCUGGAAAAAUUUAUUCAGGAAAGGUCUACCAGGGCUGUGGAUUGGAAGAUACUUCACAAGAUCGCUUUGGAUAUAGCCCGUGCACUUUCCUACCUACAUGAUCAGUGUGUACCUCGUGUCCUUCAUCGUGAUGUCAAGCCCAGCAAUAUUUUGUUGGAUGACGAUUUCAAUGCAUUUCUAUCAGACUUUGGUUUGGCCAGACUUCUUGGAACUUCAGAAACCCAUGCUACAACUGGUGUAGCUGGGACUUUUGGAUAUGUUGCCCCAGAAUAUGCAAUGACGUGUCGUGUUUCAGAUAAAUCCGAUGUGUAUAGUUAUGGUGUGGUGCUUCUCGAGUUGCUCUCUGACAAGAAAGUGUUGGAUCCUUCCUUUUCCUCAUAUGGAAAUGGAUUCAACAUCGUUGCUUGGGCAUGUAUGCUUCUUCGACAAGGCCGUGCAAAGGAAUUCUUUUCAGCUGGGUUGUGGGAUGCAGGCCCCCAUGAUGAUUUGGUAGAAGUUCUACACUUGGCAGUGGUAUGUACGGUUGAUUCUCUCUCAACUAGGCCUACUAUGAGGCAAGUUGUUCGACGGCUGAAGCAACUUCAACCCCCCUCAUGUUAGCUGUCUGAUGAUGUUUGUACUGGUUAACAUUAGUUAUCUGUAGAAAAGAGGAGCCGUUGUAAUCUGUGCUUUUGCACCGAGCCCCCUUUGGCGACUGGCCUUAGGUUAAACUUUAGAACUGUAGUCACCCCACUUGUACAGUGUUCGGCAGUUGUACACUACUUGUACCCCCAAUUUUUGUUUUUGAUAUAUAUUGCUGUGAUUAGGGGCCUUGAUGGUGGAUCUGCAGAAGAAUGCAGAUGUUUAUUUCCUUGUCCCAAGUGUGUAUAUUACAUUUGUUGUUCAAUAAAACAUUGAGUUGAUUAUA